AUGGCUGAUUAUACUGACAAGAUUACGGCUGAACAUGCCUCAAACAAAGGCGCUGAGUCUGCCAUGAAGCAAACCACCGACGAUUCCCUCCAAAGCAAGACACUGCUGCGGAAAUGCGACCUUCAUUUGCUCCCCCCUCUUAUGGUCAUUUAUUUUCUCUCCUUUAUGGACAGGACCAACAUUGGGAAUGCAAAGAUCCAGGGAAGGACCGAGACUCUCAACAUGACUGGAAAUGAUUAUAACAUGGCUCUCUUUGUGUUUUUUAUUCCAUAUAUCCUCUUCGAAGUCCCAUCCAAUAUUAUUAUCAAGAAGAUAUCUCCAUCUUUGUGGCUUGCUUCUAUCACGGUCCUCUGGGGCAUCUCCACAGUUGGCAUGGGUCUUGUGAAGAAUGUCGAGGGACUCGUCGCCUGCCGAGUCUUAUUAGGGUUCUUUGAGGCCGGUAUCGUUCCAGGGUGCAUAUACUUGAUCAGCAUGUACUACAAGCGCUACGAAGUUCAGUGGCGUAUGUCCCUUUUCUUCAGCGCUAGUAUCCUAGCAGGUGCCUUUUCUGGACUUCUUGCAUUUGCUAUUGCUAAAAUGCAUGAUGUUGGAGGACUUGCAGCCUGGCGUCUUCUUACGGUGAUCGUCGGCAUUGUCGCAAAAUGGUGGAUUCCCGACUGGCCCGAAACGGCCAGUUUUCUUACCGAGGAAGAGAGAGCCAGACUUAUCGGACGGCUAGCUGAAGACACCGGCGAUGCGAACAUGGAUCAUCUGAACAAGACAGCUUGGGGAAGAAUACUGUCUGAUUGGAAGAUGUAUCUUGGCACAAUCGCAUAUUUCGGCAUAGUGAAUAACGGCUAUGAUGGUUCAUUCUUCAUUCCUACCAUCCUUAGGGAAAUGGGGUAUGCCGCUGAACGCGCCCAAGUUCUGACGAUCCCGGUGUAUAUUGUCGCGACCUUUGGCUGCUUAAUUGCAGCGUUUCUUACCGAUCGACUCCGCCAUCGAUAUAGCUUCACUAUAAUUGGAGUUCUAGUGACAACCGUUGGCUAUGUUCUCCUUCUCUGUCAGCAAAAUGUGCCCACUGUUGCACGAUACCUUUCCCUCUUCAUGCUCGUCACUGGCGGAUACAUAACGCAACCUGUUCUUCUUGGUUGGCUGUCUAAUACCAUGAGCGGCCACUACAAGAGGUCAGUAUCAUCAGCUGUACAGAUCGGACUGGGCAACAUCGGUAGCAUUGUGGCCUCAAACGUGUUUUUAGCUCGAGAAGCACCACAGUACUGGACUGGCUUGGGUGUUAGUCUUAGUAUGGUGUGGCUAUGCGGUAUUAGUUGCACCGUCUUCUAUUUUCUCGCUAUUCGCGAGAACAAGAAAAGGGAUCGUGGCGAGAGAGAUUAUAGACUACAAGGUGUAGAUGCUAUGAAUUUGGGCGACGACCAUCCCCACUGGAGGUAUACCACUUGA